GCUUUGAGAGCCUCUCACGUGCACUGACUCUGAGUUUGCAUUUGUUUUGAUGUUUUCAUUGCAAUUAACCGACAAUUGAUGCAAACAGUUAUGAAUCAGAUGAGGAUCUUCUCCAACAUUGCCCUCAGAUGUGGUCCAAACCAUACAUUCACUCAUCACUUGAGACGAACUCUGUGCUCAUCUCAAGACACCAAACAAGACAUGAGAGACCCUUUUCGGGACAGGAGUCGAGUGAUUACUCCGGAACAGAGUAUUCAGUAUCUGAAGAGCACAGCCUUUAAGGAGACGUACGCUCACCACAAGGUCUGGCAGUUAUUUCGGCGUAACUUUAAGGGCCAGUACUCGCCGUAUAAGUCCCGCAGCACUUGUAUUAUCGAUGACUAUGUCUACACAUCCAAUCCCUGUCCCAUUUGUCGCGACCAGUAUCUCGUACUUCACUAUACGAACAUGGAUCUACUCAAUCACUUCAUUAAUCCUCAUUCGGGUUAUGUCUACGAGAAUACCAUUCUAUGUCUUUGUGCCAAACAAUACGAACAGCUAUUGGUUGCCAUCACUUUGGCUAAAGACUGCGGGCUCUUGACGUUUGAGGUUCCGCUUCGCACCUAUGAUUACCACGAAUACUACAAACAUUUGGAUCACAAUCACCACAACCAUCAUAAUCACAAUCACCAUCACAUCGCUAGUCAUUGAUUCGAUGGUUUAGAUCUCGCCAUUGAUUGAUUGAUUGUACUCUAGACCCGAUUGGGAUCAUAAGUACACUAUAAUUGAUAUGAUUUAGUACUACGGUAUUUAAAUUUACAGUAUGUAACUCUAAUAAUUAUUGUUUAUUAAAUAAAAUGACAACUCUUUUAAAUUUAUUUUUUAUUACCGG